AUGUUGGUUUUCUGCACGUUCUUGGCUGGAUUUGGCUUCAGCGCCGUCCACGCAACGGCCAGCGCCAGGUCAUGGUCUGAGUUGGCUGCUACUGCAGCUGAUGGGACCGUUAUAAUUCGAAGAGCAAGAGCAGAUCAUCUUGCAUGGAUGGGCUUAGCCAAGAGCGCAGCGGGCGGCACGGACGGCACGUCUCAGCCUACUGCUGCUGCCGCGGCUGCUGCUCCUGCAAUCCUGAGUACCGUUCUUGCCACCACAGUGCAGCCUGCCACAACAGCCGUCAUCGCCACACCUCUAGCAACUGCGAGACCAACGUUGGCACCUGGUACACAGUCUGGGCUGCCAGGCAGAAGCCAGCAGCUAGGUCAACGCACUUCACGGCCAACCCUAGUUCCGCAGACCACGGGCAUCAAGAAAACACCUCUGACUCAGGCCAGGCUCAAGACAGCACGUGCCAAGCCCAGCAAGGCGCUUAGCAAGAGAAAAACAGCACGGGCCCUCGAAAAAAGAGAUGGCGCGAGGGGCACAACCCCGGUGACGGCAGCCGCUUCAGCAGCCAACGAAUCGGACCCUGGCGAAGACAAAGACGAUGGCAGCAACAGCUCGGACAGCAACGACUCCACUUCGGAGCGGAAGAAAGAGGGCAAGGCCAAGUCAAGCCCCGAAGCAUCAAAGCCAUCCCCACCUUCGCAACCAUCACAGGGCUGGAUCUCCUGGAUCUUCUCCAACUGGUUCUACCUGGCCUUUGUUUUUGGGACUGUCUUGCCGGCUUGCAUGGGAUUAAUGGCUUGGAUGCCGAUGCUGAUGCGUAUGGCUGGGCGUGGCUAG